UCCUCCCCCCGCCUUGCGCGUCCAAAAGUACAUCCCCUGACAUUCGCAUACGCAACCAUGUCGGAAGAUGAGUCUUUCGACCUUCUAUCCUCUUUGGAUAAUGGGGACCUUUCUCCAUCGUUGAGGGACUGGGCCUCCGGCACUGCCGAUAGCUAUGAUGUUGUGGAUUUGGACCUGGAUCUCGAUAGCCUGAGCCUGUCGUCGGUUCAUUCUAGUGACCUUUUGGAAGCGGCGAUUACUGCAACCCGGAAUGGAGAGUCGGCUAUUCUAAGCACAGUAUCUCAAUUUGCGGGAAUAUUGUCCCAGACUGGAAUCCAUGGACCGCGACUGUUGAAGGCCCUCAACCUGGCGACGCGAGCAACGAAGAUCGGCUCUGGCUCCCAGUUCACUGUCUUCAAGGAAAAGUCGCAUGAAGGUUAUACCGGCAAUGAGGGUCUGGUAAUCAAGCGGGUGAACGUGCCUCUUUCCCGAAAAGCCGCUCAGCGAUUUGCAGACACCCCAGAGUAUCGUCUUCAAUUGCGCACACUCGGACUAGAGCUACUCGCCCUCUGCAAUCCGGCUCUGCGGCGUCACCCCAAUAUUGUUCGGCUGAUCGCGUGGGGCUAUGACUAUCCCUUCGCCGAUAUGCCGGUUCCGGUUCUUUUCGUGGAAGCCGCUUUGAUGCCAUUGACGGACUUCCUCGCAGUUGACAAUGACUGCUCGUCCGAAGCCAAGUAUCAAUUAAGCUUAGAUGUUGCGAAUGGCAUUGAGGCAUUGCAUCAUCUGCAUAUAGUGCAUGGUGAUCUUAAGCCAGAUAACGUGCUUGUGUUUGGCAUGGAGAGCGAGAAAGUGCCUUUUAGAGCUAAGUUAAGUGACUUUGGGGUCUGUAUCGAUCUGGAGGCCCCCGACGCUCGGCUUACUAUGAGUGACUAUCGUGGAACGCCGGUGUGGCUGGCGCCCGAGGUGGCCGGCGAUGAUUUGACGCGCUUCUGUCCUUUCAAGCCGGAUCUGAUGUUUCGAUUCGAUGCAUACAGCUUUGGCCUGACGGUGCUAUCCAUGUUUGUCAAUCGAGGAGAGCCGGUCGAUCUUGACGAGGACCCCGAAAAUGCAAGCGAGGAGAUCUCUGAAAUGCUGUAUGAGCGUGAAGAUAUUCCUUCUGCAUUGCGUACGGAGCUUCGUAAGGCGAUUCUCAAGCUUCUCGCAGAAGAUCCAAGGAACCGACCGCUACCGACUUCUCAGCUGUUGAAGACGGAUACUCCUGCGUAUGCUUCUUGGUUAUCUCUUGCCAAGGUCGGAAGUGAACCUGCUCCAUAUGUUGGUACGCUGGAUCCAAUGUACAAUAAAGGGCCAUUGUUCUGGUACCGACUCGAUCCGUCCGUUUUGGCCGAACUGGAAGCACAAUACAUGGCGGCGAAGCAGGGUGCGUCGGCAGAAACCCCGGGCGAUGUCCUACUAGGAAUGGCGCAGACCGUGACAGGGGCCAAACCCUCAUAUCUUAAUCGUCUUCUAUCGUACGUGACUGACGCCGCCAAAGGUGGCUACUCUCCAGCAAGGGCUGUUUAUGCUCAAGUAAUGGCUGCUCAUGACCAAUCGCCCGAGUUCGAGGCGAAGGUGCUGGAAGAUUGGGCUUUCCAAGCCGUCGCUGAAGGAUAUCUUUUCGCUCCUCAGUCCGCUCUUACCAGUGAGAAGCUGGAACAGGCGAAGAGCACUUUUCGUCGCAAUGGCGGAUUAUGUGCAGAUCCCUUCCUGGGAAAACAGGCUGUGGUAGAUGCCACACGCAGUCCCCAUAAGGCUGUCAAAUGGAACCUGGAACAUGGGUUGAUAGUUGAUCAGAAGGGGAAUACCAUCCUCCAUGCAGCUGCUGCAAUUGGAGAGCUUGAUACGGUUCGAUCACUCCUUGACGAAGCGGACAUAGCUGUUGAUGUCGAGAACGAUAGUGGAGAGACUCCUCUUUACAAAGCAUGCCAGGCUGGUCAUGCAAGUAUAAUUCAGUACCUUCUUCAAAGAAAGGCAGAUGCGUCUCGCACAACACGGCCGACUGGAUUAUCUCCGUUGCAUUGGCUCUUCAUGUUGCCGGACGAAGUUAUCCACUUGACUGCACAGCAGCUAGUUGCAGCAGGUGCUGAUGUCAACGCUGUCAUCCGACCCGUUGUCAGCGAGAAUAGUGGAGGAUUUCCAGAACGAAUCCAGAUGGUGCAUUACCCAUUUGAACUACCUCAUGGAACGCCCCUGCAUUGGGCUGCGGCUUUUCGCAACCUAGCAGCGAUGAAUGCUCUCAUCGACCUAGGUGCCAAUUUAGAUGCUAAAUAUCAUGGCUGUGACAGUGCAACCACGCCUCUUGCACUGGCUGCGUGGUUUGGUGAUGUCGAAGUGGCUCACACUCUCGUGACCCGUGGAGCUGAUGGAAAGCUCAUCGACUCAAUGGGGAGAAACACCCUUCACAGCAUGACAAAAUACUUCCCUGAGCGACAUGGCUACCUCCCCAACCAUUGGCACGCAUGGAUCCGGCACGGCAACUGUGAGACAUAUCUCAAUCAUACGAGCAAGCUAAUUCGUCUCUUGUUAGAUGCUGGGGCGGAUGUCAAUGCUAAGGACACAGGAUAUCCACCGCUCACCCCCAUUGCUGCUGCUGUCGAUCUGGGGGUCUGGAAUGGUGGCAUAGUCAGCGCCCUGCUCGAUGUGGGUGCAGACCUUCACGAAUCAAUCUUGUCCGCGGGAGACACUGUACUUCACUCGUGGGCCUCGAUCGUGGGCCCCCGGCUAGACUACCCACGCUCAUAUAUCCCUACCCUCCGACAGAUUGUCACUGCCAUGCCCGACAUAGACAUCCGGAACAGAUUUGAGAAUGACACGCCCCUGCAUUCUCUGUCAACAACAUAUCACCCCGAGGACGAAUUCGAACAAGCGUGUGAGAUCCUGCUUGAGCACGAUCCUCCAGCAGACCUUAACGCGCAGACCCGCCGGGGCGCCACUCCUUUGUCGAUCGCACUCGAGACCAAAGACGAUCCAGCUAGGCGCGGUCUCUUCCUGUUACACAAAGGUGCCUCGCCAACACUUCUCACGGAUCAAGGUAAAGAUAUUUUUUUCGCCAUCGCCAAUAAUGCCGUUCUUCAUGAUAAAGACACUUACGACCUGAUCACCGCUGCCCUGCAAUACAUCUGUUCUGGCAAAUCCGCCACAGAGAGUAAGAUGGGGGACACCGGGGACAUUCAUGAGACUUACCAGAAACUAUUCCUCCCCAAUCAGGGGGCGAUACAUAGUCUCAUAGCCGCUGUGAUCCGCGGCAAAGUCCGAACUACCACUCUACUUCUUUCUUUGGGCCUGCGAUCGCGCCUGAAUGAUCUUGACCCUAGCAAGCCUCGUGGCUUUACUGUCCUCGACCAUGCCCUGCACUCCGCCGAGCUCAGUCGCCGAGCCCAUAUGGAGAAAUUGGCCACAUAUAAGCCGGGUCCAGCACAGCGGGCCGCUAUAGACGAACAGGUCGUCUACGACGACGGGCAGGGUCCGCCUUCUCGAGCCGCAGAAGCAUACUGUGCUUUCCCGAAGGUGCUGCGCUGCCUGCGUGAGGAAGGUGCAAAGCGGGCAUGUGAAUUGGAGUUGUCGGAUAGUAGUAUUGAUGAUGGUGAUGAUACUGCUGUUGAUGGCACGUAUGUUCAACAGCAACGAUGGUGGGAUUGGACUUCCAUUUACAUAUAUGGAUAUACCCCGAUCACGCAACCUCAUCAGGAGCAGUGGAAACUGCUGUACGAGCUGGCGAGAUAUCCGGUCGGUUGGAGGGAGGAACAGAUCGAGGAGUUGACGGAGCGGUAUGCGGACGGCAUCUGGAGGCCGGAUACCCGCUUUUUGGAGGAAGAGGAGGAUCGUGAGCUUGUUAGCGCGGUGGUGGCUGAGAUUGGGGUGGCUGGUGGCGGUGGGAAUGAUGAGGGUUCGGUGGUGCGGUUGGAGGCAGUUGAUCCGGUGAAGGGCAAGGUGGAGGUAACUGCUAGGGUUGCGGAUGGGAAAGUGGUUGACAAGAUUAAGGUUAAGUGA